UGUUGAAAUAAAUGUUGUAUAUAGAAUGCAUUUUUGGAAGAAAGUAAAUGAAAUGGUAUUGGGUAAUAUUCAAAACUAAUGGGGUUUCAGUUAAUGAAUAAGCAUAGCUUUGAGAAAUUAGGAUCAGCAGAAACAAAGGGCAAGGUUAAAGAAGCGAUACACGAAAUAUAUAGCAAUUGAAGCAAGCUCAUUAUUGAAUCACACGUCCAAUAAUGAGAAUCAUAUGAGAAAUGCCAAGAAAAAUAGAAUUUUCCGUAAUAUACGCAACUAGUGAAGAUUGUAAAUACCGCUCAUCAGAAUUAAACACACAUGGGUCAACUGUGAAGGGAUGGCAGUCGGAAAAAAACUGCAGCUACCCUCAAGAAAUCAUACUGCAAUUGGCGAAACGUUGUUCUUUGAGAAAAAUUCAACUUUUAACUCAUCAGUAUUUGAUCCCAUCAAGAGUCGAGCUGUAUUCGAGUAAUGAAGAAAUUAGUACGGUGAACAAUGAUAACGUUUUGGAUAUUAGAUGGGAUUACUUAGGUUAUAUCACGCUUUCUGAUAAUCAAAGUACAGGGUUUAAAAGCAGAGAGUUGAAGAGUGCAAAUGUGCCUGCUUCCGAUGCGACUUUCGUCAAAGUAAGACUAGGCAAAAAUCAUCAAAAUUCGCACAACAACAACAAUCAAGUCAGUCUAAUCGCAGUUAACAUACUAGGAAUAGAAAAUACUGGACGGGAUGGAGAAGUAUCACAAAAUAUUUUCGACGAUCCCGAUUACAUGUCUCCAUAUGACGAUUUAGCCUUUGAAAUGUACGUGGAUUCAGAAGUUGCCAAAAUAAUAAAGGAGAUGGAGGUCAAGAAACAUUUAGCUGUGAUGAACGAGAGAUUUGAAUACGCUAGGAAAUUAAAGGAAGCCAUGGAGGCGCUUAGGGAAGCGGGGGAGAAGUUGGGGAAAUACGAAUUGGAGAAGAGACACGCUAUCGAGCAGGAAGACUAUGAGAAGGCGAGGCACAAGAAAAAUCAAAUAGAAGAGUUCAGGAGUAACGCCUAUAGGGAGAUUCAUUUGGAUCAGCUCAUGGAAACAAAUGGGGUUUGCCCAAAAAACGAUGAACCUACUACAAUAGCCUCGUCUCCAACCUCCCUCAAAUUACCAGAGGGCAAAAGAUCCCCUUCCCCUCUAAUCAGCACCCAUUCUAAUAUGUCUCCCCUACAUAGGGCACGACAGCUGAGCCCCAAAUGGGGUUCCCCAAACACCGGAAGCCCUACGAAUUUUCAAAAUAAGGGCUCUUUUAGGAGAAGGAACAAAUCUGCUGGUUCCAUCGGUAAAACUACCUACGAAAUGUACGAGGAGAAGCCUCUUCCAGCUUUGAGGCAGUGAGUAAUUCCCCGUGAGAGUGAAAAGUUAUUCCUUCCUCAAUUUCUUUUCAGUAGUCACACCAACGAGUUCCUAAGGGAAUGCCAGUUAGAACCAGAUAUCAAAUCUUCGUCUAAAUUGACUGAGAGGGAAAAAAAGCAAGCGUCCUUGCCAAUUUUAGUAUUCGGCAACGAUAUAGUCGAAAAAAUAUAUUCUAAACAUUACUGUGAUAAAGAAGAUGGCCUGCAUAAGUUGAAGGAGGAGCUCCUUUCCUAUGACAGCACGAAGAUGCACACGGCAAACAAAACGGCAAGAGCGGCCAUAUUUUUGUUGCACCGAGCACUCAGGGAUAAAGUCUUUUCCGUCUAUAGUCUAUCGAAUGAAGUGAUAAGGCUGUUUUUUGUUCAGUUUGUGCCAUCCAGGGUUUCUUCUGCUGAGGUCGAAAGAAGCGUUGACAAAUUACUGCCAGAAUUAUUGACAAAAUCUGGGGACUCCAGUGCUCGAAUACAUCAUAUGGCUGUACAUACAAUUUUAACAAUGGCCGAUUGUAAGAGUGUAAGAGAUCUACACAUUAUUCCCGUCCAUUUGAGUAGAACCUUAAAUAGCAGCACUCAUCCUAGGUUAGCGCUAAGUAGAGCGGAAAUGGUUGAGCAGCUCAUCCUGAGUCAUGGCAUCUCUACAGAGAAGCAGAGUGGAUUAACUUGUAGAACCCUAUCCGAGUUUGGAACGAGCGGCCUUCACCAUCCAGCAGAAUCGGUAAGGAAAGUUGCCGAAAGAAUACUAGUCCUAGUGUACAAAGUCAAUCCAAGAAUGGUGAGGAAGCAGCUACCGCCUGAUGAUGACAUCACUAGGCGGAAUCUCCUCUAUCGACAGUUGUUCCACGAGUUCGACAAGAUUGAUUUACAGCGUAAAAAGGACCUCCUGUUGGAAAAGAGCAAAAUGCCCAACCUCACAAACACAAACCAAUGUUUCAGUCCUGAAUUUACCAACGAAGAAACCCAACGAGAAUUGAACAAAUACCCCAGUGCCUCAAAUAUACAUACAAUGGCUAAUUUAUUCACAUAUGACCACCAGCACGUUAAAGGAUUCACUCUAUCGAAAAGUAUCAGUGGCGGAAAUAUUACUCAGCAAACAAAUGGAAAUCACAAUGAAAACGAAAAACAGAGUUCGGGUUCUGCCAGUGGGAUAUCGAGUCCAAGCAAUGAUUCAUUAAGGGAUGAAAAAAAAUGUAUUUUUUGCAACCAACCUGAAAGGAGCAUUUUGGCGGUAAGCAAUUCCAUGAAUUCCCAUUAUUGGAGAACCUGUCCAAUGUUGGUGAGAUGCAAAGAGUGCAGCCAAGUUGUGGAAGUAUCCUCCCUCAUUGAGCAUCUGAUACUUGAAUGUGAACAGAGGGAAUACUACACCCAAUGCCCUCAAUGUUCGGAGGCUGUGAAAAUGAAAGACAUAGAAUUACACAAUACUUGCUGCAAAGAACUUACACCUGGCCACACAAGAUGCCCCCUGUGUCACGCAAAUUUAGAAGAUGAAGAAUUUUGUUGGAAAAAACAUCUCAUGGGUGAUCAUCCUUGUCCGAACAAUAACAAACCGACUAAACACCAAAUUCCCAAGCAAGUAAAAAUACAAAUUUAGUGCGUGAUUUUAAAUGAUCAAAAAAAACUUUUGAAUAAUAUUAGGCGAAGUUAAAAAGUGAUCCAAUGGAAAACAAUUUUUCAGAAUCUUUUUUGAAUGAAUUUGAGCUUCUUUGAUCUUGCAAAUUAAAAAUGAAUGAGAGAAGUGAGCUCUAUUUUUUACCGUCCCAAGUGUGCAUCCAAGAUUUUUGGCGAUUAAUGGUGGGUUUAUCGACACUUGUUCAAUUAAGCAUUUUCAUUCGAUA